UAGUAACAAUUUCCAACAUGAAGUAUUUUUUAUUUUAGUAUUAUUAUAAUUUUUUUCUCAGGUAACAACACAUUUUGAUAUUCUCUUCACUUUUAUCUCUGUCUGUCAACAAUCCCCGAUGGGAAACCUACAGAUUAAGUAUUUUUGGUGGCUGGGACAGACGCCCGCAUCGUGAAAAGACAGGGGGCUUGUCUGCGAGGACUGUGGGUUCCCACACAGGCGUGUCAACUGAAUGUCUAAGGGGAGAAUUGAUGGGCGAGGGAGCGGCGACCUGUAAUACCCUGGCUCUUCGCCCAGUGCCUCAGGCCCCAUGUGACUUGCUGGGGUUCUGUCUUUUGUCAUGCGACCCCUUUGGCCAUCAGGGUUCUGAGUAGGUGCUGGCUCAGCAAUCUGAAGGUCAACCCUGUUACGACGGUACAGUGAUCCAUUUACUUCGACCAAGUAGGAGCGUGGUGCCACUUUCUGUACACAGGAUCUGAGUCUCCAGAGGCCUGUCCGGUUCCCUGGUAGUGGCUUCAUUCGCACCGUUUCACCCACCCUGAGCUCAGUACCACGAGGACGGGUACCUGGUCCUGGACGGGCUCCUCAGCCCGGCGGAGUGUGAUGAGCUCCGGCUGAGGAUGGGAGAGAUCGUGGACCGGAUGGACGUUCCAGAACAUUGUCGGAUCCAGUUCUCCACUAAUCACGACGAGCAGUUGAAAACACAGGGAAACGCUGACUACUUCAUCACCAGUGGAGAUAAGAUCCGCUUCUUCUUUGAGAAAGGAGUUUUUGAUGAUAAAGGAAAUUUCACCGUGCCAAAAGAACGCUCUCUCAACAAAAUUGGACAUGCACUCCAUGCCUAUGAGCCUUUAUACAAAACUGCCACUCAUUCACCCAAGAUUCAGGGUAUAGCCAAGAAGCUUGGUCUGAAGAGUCCUGUGAUUUUGCAAAGCAUGUACAUUUUCAAGCAACCAGGGAUCGGUGGAGAAGUGACGCCCCACCAAGAUGCUACAUUCCUCCACACGGAGCCCCUGGGCAGGGUGAUGGGCGUGUGGAUCGCCCUGGAGGAUGCCACCCUGGACAAUGGCUGCUUGUGGUUCAUCCCCGGCUCACACAACAAUGGUAUCACCCGACGUAUGGUUCGGACCCCGGAAGGCACCUAUCCCCUGACAGACUUUAUUGGGAGAGAGGCAACCUAUGACGAUAAGCUGUUCAUACCUGCACCUGUCAAAAAAGGUGGGGUGGUGCUGAUCGAGGGAAAGGUUGUCCAUAAAAGUGAGCAGAACGCGUCAGAAAAAUCACGCCAUGUCUACACUUUCCACAUCAUGGAGUCUCAGGAGACAAAAUGGAACCCUGAGAACUGGUUACAGCCCACAGAGGACCUUCCUUUCCCUGCCCUGUACACCAAGUAAUCCUGGUUCACUCUGUCUGCCACUACACUGAAUGGAUGGACAGAGGCAGACACCUUCACUUGUCCCUAGAGACGAUUAGUAAAAACAAUUAUCAGAAUUGGGCUGCCUGUGUGUGUGCAUGUGCUUCAGGGUAUUAGUCAGAAGACAUGUAGUUAGGCUUUAUAAGAUUAGUGAACAUUUAGUAGUAGCACACUGAAGUGAGCAAUGAACCAAUGUGUUUGCGUGUAGAACAGUUAAUUCAAAUCACGUGUUUUAGCAUUCAGAUUCCCUUAAGUAUCCAAUUUAUCUUCUCUCUGAUCAGAAACAGGUUUGCCUCAUCAAGGUAUGUCUUCCUGAUAGAUCAAUGUGAGACAUUAUGCCCACAAAUACAGUGCCUUGCGAAAGUAUUCGGCCCCCUUGAACUUUGCGACCUUUUGCCACAUUUCAGGCUUCAAACAUAAAGAUAUAAAACUGUAUUUUUUUGUGAAGAAUCAGCAACAAGUGGGACACAAUCAUGAAGUGGAAUGACAUUUAUUGGAUAUUUCAAACUUUUUUAACAAAUCAAAACCUGAAAAAUUGGGCGUGCAAAAUUAUUCAGCCCCCUUAAGUUAAUACUUUGUAGCGCCACCUUUUGCUGCGAUUACAGCUGUAAGUCGCUUGGGGUAUGUCUCUAUCAGUUUUGCACAUCGAGAGACUGACAUUUUUUCCCAUUCCUCCUUGCAAAACAGCUCGAGCUCAGGGAGGUUGGAUGGAGACCAUUUGUGAACAGCAGUUUUCAGUUCUUUCCACAGAUUCUCGAUUGGAUUCAGGUCUGGACUUUGACUUGGCCAUUCUAACACCUGGAUAUGUUUAUCUUUGAACCAUUCCAUUGUAGAUUUUGCUUUAUGUUUUGGAUCAUUGUCUUGUUGGAAGACAAAUCUCCGUCCCAGUCUCAGGUCUUUGCAAACUCCAUCAGGUUUUCUUCCAGAAUGGUCCUGUAUUUGGCUCCAUCCAUCUUCCCAUCAAUUUUAACCAUCUUCCCUGACCCUGCUGAAGAAAAGCAGGCCCAAACCAUGAUGCUGCCACCACCAUGUUUGACAGUGGGGAUGGUGCGUUCAGGGUGAUGAGCUGUGUUGCUUUUACGCCAAACAUAACGUUUUGCAUUGUUGCCAAAAAGUUCCAUUUUGGUUUCAUCUGACCAGAGCACCUUCUUCCACAUGUUUGGUGUGUCUCCCAGGUGGCUUGUGGCAAACUUUAAACGACACUUUUUAUGGAUAUCUUUAAGAAAUGGCUUUCUUCUUGCCACUCUUCCAUAAAGGCCAGAUGUGUGCAAUAUACGACUGAUUGUUGUCCUAUGGACAGAGUCUCCCACCUCAGCUGUAGAUCUCUGCAGUUCAUCCAGAGUGAUCACGGGCCUCUUGGCUGCAUCUCUGAUCAGUCUUCUCCUUGUAUGAGCUGAAAGUUUAGAGGGACGGCCAGGUCUUGGUAGAUUUGCAGUGGUCUGAUACUCCUUCCAUUUCAAUAUUAUCGCUUGCACAGUGCUCCUUUGGAUGUUUAAAGCUUGGGAAAUGUUUUUGUAUCCAAAUCCAGCUUUAAACUUCUUCACAACAGUAUCUCGGACCUGCCUGGUGUGUUCCUUGUUCUUCGUGAUGCUCUCUGUGCUUUUAACGGACCUCUGAGACUAUCACAGUGCAGGUGCAUUUAUACGGAGACUUGAUUACACACAGGUGGAUUGUAUUUAUCAUCAUUAGUCAUUUAGGUCAACAUUGGAUCAUUCAGAGAUCCUCACUGAACUUCUGGAGAGAGUUUGCUGCACUGAAAGUAAAGGGGCUGAAUAAUGUUGCACGCCCAAUUUUUCAGUUUUUGAUUUGUUAAAAAAGUUUGCAAUAUCCAAUAAAUGUCGUUCCACUUCAUGA